CUUCGGUGUUGCGGUAAUCCAGUUAGUAACGCUACCAUCACAACAUUAUAAUUUCGUACCUUUGUGUUCGCCGUAAUUAUUGAGUUAUGAGUACUCCGGAUUUCGGGAUUAUUGCUUUAGAGAUCUACUUUCCAAGAUUUUAUGUCUCACAACAUGAUCUUGAGAUAGCAGACGAUUGUGUUGGAAAGUAUACACAAGGAUUAGGACAAACAUCUCUUGGAUUCUGUUCGAUACAGGAAGAUAUAAACUCAAUGUGUUUAACUGUUGUCAGCAACCUGAUCAGACGUGUAAAUCUUGAUCUGAAAACAAUAGGUUUUCUCGAGGUUGGAACAGAAACGAUUAUCGAUAAAUCUAAAUCUACGAAGACUGUAAUAAUGCAAUUAUUUGAAUCAGCUGGUAAUUUUGACGUUGAAGGGACGGAUGCGAAAAACGCUUGUUUUGGUGGUACAUCUGCUUUGUUCGGUGCACUCAAUUGGCUUGAAUCUAGUUACUGCAACGGUCGUCUGGCAUUGGUUGUUGCAGCUGAUAUAGCAAUUUAUGGGGAUAAAUCAGCUCGUCCUACUGGCGGUGCUGGAGCUGUAGCAAUUUUACUUGGACCGAAUGCUCCUUUAGUGAUUGAUUCUGGUCUACGAGCUAUUUACAUGAAACACUGUUAUGAUUUUUAUAAGCCAAAUUUAAGUUCUGAAUAUCCUAUUGUUGAUGGUCAAUUUAGUAUGCAGUGUUAUCGGGAGGCAUUAGAAAUCUGUUAUAAAUUAUAUAAACACAAAUCAGCUUCUAAAGGUCUGAAUAUAAUGAUAAGUACACCUUGGCGAGAAACUUUACCAGAGUUGAACAAUGCAGUAGACUACAUGUGUCUACAUGCACCAUUUACUCGUCUUGUACAAAAAGCAAUCGGUUGGUUAGCGUUGAUUGACAUGCGUACAGAAAGUAUCAAUACAGAUACACCGAACGAUUCCGAGCUAUUCUUAUCAUCACCAUCAUCAGUAUCGAGAAUUGAUCAGUUAUGUCAUAACAAUCACCAUCGAGUGACAUCCAAAUCAGAAUAUUUUGAUCAAAUAGACCCAUAUAUUUUCAAUGCUUUGAAGGAUUACUGCUUAGCUGAUGAUAAACAUAUUCCUGAUCGCCAAUUGGAUACAAUUUGUUUGAAAGCUACUGAAUCGUCAUACAGGCGUAGAGUAGAUCCUGGACUAAUGUUUGCGAAGAAUAUUGGUAAUAUGUAUACCGCCUCGCUAUACGCAUGUCUUGUUAGUCUUCUUCUGAAUACUCCAAAUGCUGAACUAUUAGGACGUCGUAUACUAAUGUAUUCUUAUGGUUCUGGAAUGGCAUCAGCCAUGUACAGUAUUCUAAUUCAUCCAGAUCGUGAUUUAUCCACAGUUUUAAAUUGUUCAUUAGAAUCGUCCAAUGGUACUGAUAGUUUAUCCAAUAUUCGCAGACGUCUAUUCGACGAACGGACACAAGUGACUGUUUCACAAUUUGAGCUGAUGCUUAAAGAACGACAGAUUUCACACAAUUCAGAUUCAUUUCAACCAACAUUUAGACCUGAAGGACUAUUUCCCGGUUCAUAUUAUUUAAAAAAUAUAGAUGGUCGUUAUCGUAGAUUCUAUGAAAAAUUUUCAGAAUGCUAAAUGAUAAACUUGAAAAGUUUGUCAUUUUAAUCUGUGUUCCAAUCAACAUCAAUUUAUCAACGAUUCAACCUUUAAAACACAAUGAUGUUCUUCUCUUGUCUAUUAAGACAAUAUUAAAAUAUAAAACAAAAUGGAAUAGUGAUUAUUUGACUUGAAUUCUUAUGUUUAUGAAAGUAGAUUAUAACUCAGCAUUAAUUCGCCAUAGUUACUCUUCUUUAGAUUAUCAACAAUAGCUUGCUAGUGAUUCCUUUUAUUUUUCUUAUACGUGUGAAGAGAAUGAAAAAAAAAAUGCGAACAAACAAAAAAGGAUAAUUUUUUCAAGUUUCUCCCUAUUCAAUUAUAAUACUUGUUUCUUUGUUUCACUGUUUCAAUGUCUUCUUUUCUUUUGUUCUCCACUUCAUUUUAGUUUAUUUCUUUUUUUUUCAAAUUAUCUUUCUUGUGACAUGUUUUCUUUUCUGUGUAGUUCAUGAAGUGACGAGAAACACUGUGCCUAAAUGCCAUAAGUAUUACAUCUUAAUUAUUACGAACCGUUUUUUAUUCGCAUUCCAUUUCAGUAUGAAAAUCUUUUUUUGUAAUAUUUGUAUCCUUUGUGAUAAAUGAUCUGAUGCAGUAUUAUUCUGUUCUAAAUUAGUGGUGUGUUACUAUUAAUCUGAAUCCUUAACGAUACUGGUUAUCUUACUGUGUAUAAACGACUGUCGAGUGAAAUUAAGUCUAGGAAUUCCGGACUGGUUUACACAAAAUUAAUUCUAUUCGUAUAUUUACG